CCUCGGGGAAAGAGGGCUUAGUUUUGCAUGUUCCCAUCCAUCGCGCACGACGCGAAAGGGCCCCUUAUCCACCUCUCCUGUGUCCAAGGAACACCUCCACUGGUGAUCAGCCUUCGCCCGUGUUUGUCUUGUGGAGAAGCGAGCAGCACCUUUUUCAGGAGUGGGGUUUUUUUAUUCAGCAAGAAGUCCUGAAGGUUUUGGAUGCGGGUGCUUCAGGGAUGUGGGCACUUUGAGAGCAGCAGCAGCAUCACCCACAAAUACAAACAAGCGCCAUCGAUUUUUCUCUAAAUAGCGCAAAAAAGAGAGAGAGAGAGAGAAAGAGAGAGAGAGAGAGAGAGAGGAGGAAAAAACAAAAGAGGAACAAUAGCAACACGAAAGAAAAAAAAAAUCUUGUCUAUUGAACAAUUCACUUUUUUUUUCCAGUGUGUGGAUACGGCUCUGACUAAGUGCAGCACUUUGAGAAUUGUUCACAUCGGACGGACUGAAGAGGGAAGCAAGCAAGACCUGUGGACCGGGUUUUCCCUCGCAAUCCCGUGAAAACACCCUGAAGGAUAACACGCGUGGACGUUUAUUUCCUCACUAAUUUCGCAGGAGGCUCCUCUUUCUUUUUCUUUUUUUUUUCCCCCUUCCUUCAUCUUCUUCUUCUUGUUCUUCUUUCAAAUUGUCCUAAAUGUUUGGGAUUCAGGAAACUAUACCGCGGGGUGGGACGACGAUGAAGGAGGAACCGCUGGGUGGACUGAACUCGGUCCGCUCCUGGAUGCACACAGCUGGGGUGGUGGACGCGAACACAGCCGCCCAAAGCGGUGUCGGCUUGGCACGGGCACAUUACGAAAAGCAGCCCCCUUCCAACCUCAGAAAAUCCAAUUUUUUCCAUUUCGUCCUGGCGCUGUAUGACAGACAGGGUCAGCCCGUGGAGAUCGAAAGGACAGCUUUUGUGGACUUUGUGGAGAAAGAAAAAGAACCAACCAGUGAAAAAACUAACAAUGGGAUACAUUACAAACUACAAUUAUUGUACAGCAAUGGCGUCAGAACAGAACAGGAUCUUUACAUACGGUUAAUCGAUUCGAUGACGAAGCAGGCCAUAGUUUAUGAGGGCCAAGACAAGAAUCCAGAAAUGUGCAGAGUUCUUCUCACUCAUGAAAUUAUGUGCAGCCGGUGCUGUGACAAGAAAAGCUGUGGAAACAGGAAUGAGACUCCAUCGGACCCCGUGAUCAUUGACAGAUUCUUCCUAAAGUUCUUCCUCAAGUGCAAUCAGAACUGUCUGAAGAAUGCAGGGAAUCCUCGAGACAUGCGCAGAUUUCAGGUUGUCGUAUCGACGACUGUCAAUGUGGACGGCCACGUGUUGGCCGUCUCUGACAACAUGUUCGUACACAACAAUUCCAAGCAUGGGCGAAGGGCUCGCAGACUCGACCCUUCAGAAGCAGCCACCCCAUGCAUCAAGGCUAUCAGCCCCAGUGAGGGAUGGACCACCGGAGGAGCCACUGUCAUCCUCAUUGGCGACAACUUCUUCGAUGGCCUACAAGUUGUGUUUGGCACCAUGCUCGUAUGGAGCGAGCUGAUAACUCCCCACGCCAUCCGCGUACAGACUCCACCCCGGCACAUCCCUGGUGUUGUGGAAGUCACGCUGUCCUACAAGUCCAAGCAGUUCUGCAAAGGUGCUCCUGGGAGAUUUGUCUACACUGCCCUGAACGAGCCCACUAUCGACUACGGCUUCCAGAGGCUGCAGAAGGUCAUCCCCAGACAUCCUGGAGAUCCUGAGAGGUUACCAAAGGAGGUGUUACUGAAGAGGGCGGCUGAUCUCGUCGAAGCCCUCUAUGGAAUGCCGCACAACAAUCAGGAGAUCAUUCUGAAGAGGGCAGCUGACAUCGCUGAGGCCCUGUACAGCGUUCCCCGCAACCACAACCAGAUCCCCUCUCUCGCUAACACAGCCUCCCACGGAAUGAUGGGAGUCAACUCCUUCAGCAGCCAGCUAGCAGUCAAUGUGUCUGAGUCACAAGGGAAUGACCAAGUUGGCUACAGCCGGAACACCAGCAGCGUGUCCCCUCGGGGCUACAUUUCCAGCAGCACCCCGCAGCAGUCGAGCUACAACACAGUCAGCAACAGCAUGAACGGCUACGGUAACGCCGGCAUGAACCUGGGAGUGCCAAGCUCCCCUGGGUUCCUCAACGGAUCCUCUGCCAACUCCCCAUAUGGAAUUAAACAAAAGAGCGCCUUCGCCCCUGUGGUCCGACCCCAGGCCUCCCCACCCCCCUCCUGCACCAGCGCCAACGGCAACGGACUGCAAGGUGAGCCCCCCUCACCCCCUCAUCCUUUCCCCACGGACUACUGGUCAGAUACCGCUGCUCAGGCCUCUGUCCGGUUUGCCAUGUCCGGUUUGGUUGUCCCUCCAAUGUAAAUGCACUUUCAUCGUCUCGAGCACCAGUGUACACACUUCCACUUCACGGGACACAGCACAUAGCAGCACGCUGGUGUCAUGUAUAGCCGACAACAGUUGUUCUGCUUCUAAAGAUGAAGAGAAAAAAAGAGAGAAAGAAUUUUUUUUCCUUUUAAAUGACUUUUACAGCUUACAGAAAAGGAUUUCCUGACGAACUUUUUUUUUUUCCCCUGUGGGAUUUUUUUUUUAACCCCCCCCCCCCCCUCCCCUCCCCACCACCAUUUGAUCGCCCUUGAAGAGGACGCAGGAUGACGAAGCGUUUUAUUUUGUAUACCUGUCGGUUUGGGCUUUGGCCCCGGAUACGUUCAAUCAACCACACGCUCAGUACUGGAAGGAACUCUGUGGACUCGCCAUCUGCUUGUAAAGUAAAAACACUGAUGUACAGUACAUUUGCCAAUGAACUUGUUUGCCUCAGAUAUUUUUUUGUUUGUUUGUUUGUUUCAACUCUCUUUUAAUAGAUUCACAACAGUUGUGUGUCUUUAUAAUGUGACUUUUUUGUAUUUUUAUCUGUGAGACGCGGGGGAAAAAAAAUUUACCGCAGGGGGCCAAGACAGUUUGGGUUUCAACUGGAAAAUAUAGAGAUUAUAUAAAUGUAGAAAAAUCGACCAUAAAGUAACAGCAAAGAUGAGUUAAAGGGGCGGGUUCGGGUGGGUAAGGUUGUAUCAUGUUUCAUUCCUGCAUUUUAACUUAAAAAUUUUGUAAUUUAUUGUAGCUAGAAAUCAUCUUCAAAAAUAAAAAAAAAUUAAAAUUCUCUUCGAUUCAACAAGCACACUGACGUGCACAAAACACUGCUCUGUUGAUGAUUAUGAUGUACUUCCAUGUCUAGAGCUUCCUUUUAAAGCAAGUGUGAUUUGCCAUGUUUUUCAACUUUUUUGCUAGCACUGUAUAUUAAUGCAUUCCUAGGCUACUGUGAAGUCUGUUUCUUGUUGAUGAGGAGCAGUCUCUCCCCCUUCAGGCUCCAAUUCCCUUAUGUGUUUUAUAUGUGGUUAAAAAUUGUAGACUAUUGUGAUAUUGCCAAAUUUGUGCUAAAUAUUUAUACAUCUGUCUUUUUCAUGUUAUUUUAGAUCAACGUGAAAAAAACGUAAAAAAAAAAAAAAAAAAUCCCGCAAAUAAACCCAUUGAGAAUGUAGGAGUACAGUAGUUCAUUGUCAUAUUUCUGUUCAAAUACACACUUGCGCUCACUGAGGGGAAUUUUGUAACAUAUCAACUAUAAAUAAUGUAUUUAUCUCUGAAAUUUUGUAUAUUGCUUUUCAUUAUGUAUGUAUUAAUCGUCAUGCCCUUAAUAUAGUGAUGCAGCACAGAUAAUUCAGCCAAGAACUGUUGCCUUCAUUUGUUUUCUUUUUGUAUUUGAUGAAAAUGCAAUGUGCAUAUAUUUCCAUGUGUAUCCUCAAAUUUGUGUUACGCCGUCAAGACUCUCUUGUCUGUUGUUUUUUUUAAAAGGGGAAGUCAAACUUCAUUGUUUAUUUUUAUAUUGAUUUUAAAUUAUCUAUACAGACCAUUUUUGGAGAAAAACUUUGUUGGUUGUAUUGUCAAAUAAAUUGUUUGUGACCCAUAUGAUAGUUGUUAAGAUCCAAUAGAGACUAAUGUGCAUGAGGGACAACCUUGGAGAAAAAAAUAACACUCCAUUUGUGGUUGUAUUUUUUUCUGUUUUGUAGAAUGUAUAGAAGUCAUUUUUACUCACCACUUAUGACUCUGCCACAUAGCUUACAUGUGUUUACAGGGAAGAAAAUUUAAAAUGUCAAUUUGGAAUGGAAACAGAAAUGAAUAAGUGAUGUUUUAUUAAAAUUUUCAGUAAAAACACAAUA